GUUGUGGACGCAAACUCAGUAAACAAAGAUGUCAAUGACGAUGAAUACCAAUUUAAUCUCAUGUGUGAUUAUUCUGAAGAAAAAAUUGCAUCGAUAGUCUCCAACAAGAUCCCACAGUUAGAUUUUAAUGAGAUACAAGAACUUGAAAAGUCAAUAAUCGUGAAGAAUAAACAAACAAACAUUGAGGAGAAAACAUCGGAUACCAAUGAGGAGAAAAAUCUCAUUAUUAAUGAGAAGAAAAACCUUACUAGCAAUUGA